AUGAACUCUUCAUUUUACGUAGCUUUGGCGUUGUUGAUAGCUGUGGUGAUAGCCGACGACUCCAGAAGUAAAAAAGAAGCCAUUUACAAUCCUUAUGGACAAAUCACAGAUGCUAACAAGUAUUUAGCUACGACGGCCGGAUACAAUAAUUACAACAACUAUCAACAACUGCCGUACAACAAUAAUUAUCAACAGGCGGCGUAUUCGGGGUACAACCAGCAAUACUACCAACAACAACAGCCGUACCAGCGUGUCGGUGGCUAUCCGUACAACGGCGACAUCGCAACCGGCUAUAACCACCAACAACACUACAACCAGUACAACAACUACCCGUACGGCGGCUACCAGCAGUACAGCGGCUUCCAGCAGUACCCGUACAACAGUAACCAACAGUACCCGUAUAACCAGCAAUACGGAGCUUACCAGCAACAGUACCCGUACGGUUACCAAAACGCUUACGGCUACCAACAGAAUCCGUUCGGCUACAACAACGCGUACAACUCCAAUCAGUUGGUCAGACAAGCGCCCGCUUACCCGAGUUCCGGUGCCCAGCCCAUCAGCCCACCGGUGCCACAUCCGUUCUAUCACGUGCCAGGGACGUACUACCCGACCACGACCGAAAUUAACAAGCCACCCGCGGCCGCCCCCGUCACAGUCGAUCCGAAAAAAACAUACAAAUGA